AGUGCCAUUAAAAUCCGAGCUUGCAAAAUCGACCCACUUCACCAUCGGAGCCCCUGAAACAGACGCAAAAUCACCGGCGAUGAAGGCUGUUCGUCUUUCCUCUUCUUUCCCAGCCCUAAAAAGCUCAAUAUUUGGAUAGUUUUCAACACCAGUGGAAACCUCAAUCCGUCAUACAUUUUCGAUUUCUUCUGCCGUCUAGUUUUCAGUUUGUUCUUUGCCAGAAGAAUUGUGUUUGAUGGUUAGCAUAAACUAUCAGAGGGUUCUUCAAUAGCUUCUCAGAGUUUGAUUGCAGAGGCAUCAUCAAUGUUGCAGAACUUCAAUUGCAUUUCUGACCAACUGGACCUCGGUUCCAUUGUUAGCAGUGGCUCGUUCAUUAGUCCUUUUAAGACUCGAUCACAUGAACCAUGGACGAAAGUUUCCAGUUCACAAAUAUACAGUCAUUCAUUACAGUGUAGAGCCACUUGCCUUGAUAUGGUCACUGACAUCGGAGUAGAUUCAUGGAGGAAGAACAGAGAUGAAGUUGGUUUUCCACAAAAUUUCCAGAAAAAGCAUCCAAAAACCGAGUCUUCUGAUUCAAUAUCACUCUCCUCUGGUAGAAUUUUCGUGCAUAAUGACGAGCAAACUAAUAACGACCUUCUACAGUAUUCAUGCAAGCGAUGGGAAUUCCUCAAAGCAUCAAGAUUGGUGGCUGUAAUGAGCCGAAGAAACCAAAUUCCGCAUUUUGGUUCUUGCAUAAAGUUGAUCAGAGGUCUUGUGAAGAUUGAUUAUAUAGAUAGAGCCAUCGAGGUCCUAAAUUCCAUGGUUAUGUCUGGUGGGGUUCCGGAUAUUCUCACUUACAACAUAAUAAUUAGUGAUUUAUGCAAUAAACAGCGUGUAUACACUGCUCUUGAUAUCCUAGAGGGCAUGAGCGUAAGCGGUUGCCCUCCAGAUGCCUUUACUUAUAAUUCCAUAGUGCGACUCAUGCUUGAAAAUGGCCAUAUUCACCAAGCGGUUUCAUUUUGGAAGGCUCAGUUAGCAAAGGGUUGCCCUCCUUAUAUCAGCACUAGCAUCAUUAUCAUUGAGCUGGUCUGCAAGUAUCGUGGGGUUAUAAGAGCGAUAGAAGUUUUGGAAGAUUUAGCAGUUCACGGUUGUGAUCCUGAUCUCGUGACCUAUAAUGCGAUGAUUAAUGUGACAAGUAAACGAGGAAAUUUUGGAGACAUGGUCUUGAUCGUACAUGAUCUUCUAUCUCAUGGUAUGGAGCCGAAUACAGCAAUGUACACCACGAUCCUGCACUCCUUUCUCAACCAUGGGUUCGUAGAUGAGGUGAACGAGAUCCUUUCUUUCAUGGACAAAACUUCCAACCCUCCAAGCAUCAUAACUUACAAUAUUUUGAUAAAAGGGUUUUGUAAAUAUGGGCUUCUUGAUCGUGCUAUUGGCUUUUUCGAUGAGAUGUUAUCUUGUGAUUGCUGUCCUGAUAUAAUCACUUACAACACCCUUUUAAGCUCUCUUUGUGAGAUUGGGAUGAUCGAUGAGUCCCUGCAGAUUCUUCGCUGUUUGGAAAAUAGUGAUACCGCACCAAAUCUGAUAACUUACAACAUUAUGAUCAACUGGUUGGCGAAAAAGGGUUAUAUGGAGAAAGCAGUCGGAUUAUAUCAGCAAAUAAUGAAAGAAAAGAAGGUCUUUCCUGAUGACAUUACUCACCGAUGUUUGAUUUCGGGGUUCUGUCAAGCUAAUAUGAUCGAUGAGGCCAUGGAGAUUUUGAAGGUGAUGAAAAAGAAGAGCCAUUGGGCGUCGCAUAGUUCUUACAAUUACAUUAUACAUAGGUUAUGUGAGAAUCGGAAACUAGAUGGUGCAAUACAGGUCUUAAAGAUGCUGGUCUCGAGCCCAUAUAGGGUGCAACGUGAAACGUUUUAUUCUGAAAUGCUUAGAGGUUUAGCUACGGCUGGUAUGGACGAUGAAGCUGAAAAACUACAUCAGAAACUGAUCGAAUGGAAGGCUGUUUGACGACGAAUCCAUGUUCAGAGCUUGAACAAAAAGAGGGUCUUUCUGGUCUAUAUGUGUUCCUUCUUUCUUUUUAUGUAUUCAUGCUUUCUAGUUUGACAAACAAAAGAUUUACAGAUGCUUAUUUGUCAUUUUCACAGAAGGGAACUGCAAAAGAAUGUUAAUUUCAGUAGAUUGAUACUGAUGUCUACUUUUUUUCCUAGAAUUUAAUACACAAAAAACUGGUAAGUUAUGAUCUUUGCUGUUCAUCUCUCAGUUCAGAAAACUUCUUAAAUGGCAUACCUUUUGUAGACCAUUUGUUCAAGUUUUUUGCAUAAUCUGGACUACUUGUAUUCAGAAUCCAUCAACGGGAAAGUCUUUUUCAAGCGUUUAAUCGAUUCUCCGGAAAUCACUCUCCUUCUAAACAGCGAAUUACCCAGAUCUAUGGCCUCAGCCCGCCAUCCCGCAAACCCGACCCCUUCCACCAACAAA